UCCGCUGCUCCGAGCACACAGUCCUGAGUAAAGAGAGGUGACAACCUUCCACAAAGAAAACUUUUCAGGUAGUCAGUGCAGUGCAAGUUAUUUUACUUUUUUUUCCCCCAGUCAUUCUCAAGUAAGUACAGGCGUAUGAAGCUGAAGAUCCAACUGAAGCGACAGGAACGAACACGAUAUGACGAUUUCAUUUUUUUUUAAUCGCACGAUGAUGAUGUUGCCCAAGAAACUCAGCACAUGAAUGUGGCAGUUUAUUUUAGGACUUGCAGCAAAGGCAAAUUUUUUCCAACGGAACACUUGAGCAGAAGAGGGGGCGGCAGGAGCCCACGCACUGGCCAGGGUAAUCCAGAGUGUCCAGAGGCAGGGAAAUAUGACCUGGGAGGAAGAUUUCUGCUGAAGUCACACCUCUCCUGUGAGAUGAGCUUGGAGGGGUAGACCUCCUCCAUGGCCCAGAAGAUGCCGUCACCAUCCCGCAGCAACAGCAGUGGAUCUUCCAAGCAUGGCAGCCGACAGGACAGCUGGGAGAUUGUGGAGGGUCUCCGUGGGGGGAUCAGUAAUGUCCAGGAGCCCCAGAAGCAGGAGGGCUUCCUGCUGAAGAGGAGGAAAUGGCCCAUGAAGGGCUGGCACAAGAGAUACUUCCUGCUGGACAAGGGCAUCCUGAAGUAUGCCAAGUCUGGAGCUGAUAUUGAGAAAGGCAAGCUGCAUGGGUGCAUUGACGUGGGGCUCUCUGUCAUGGCUAUUAAGAAGAAAGCGAAAUGCAUCGACCUCGAUGCAGAGGAGAACAUCUAUCAUUUGAAGAUGAAGACCCAGGAGCUCUUCGAUGAAUGGGUCUCUAAGUUGCGUCACCACCGGCUGUUCCGGCAGAACGAGAUUGCCAUGUACCCCCAUGAGAAACCUCUGUUAUACUCCCACUUUCCGCCAGUCUCUCCGAUCCUGCAAGAGAGUGCCUCCAUGAGGAAGUGCUCUACCUUGACCAGGCAGUCGUCCGUCCACCCCCCGGGAAGCUUCCCCGUGACUUUCACUAGCCAGGCCAAGGUGGCUGCAUGGCUGCAGUCCUCAGACGACAUGGACAAAUGCACUAAAGAGCUCUCAGUGUGUGAAUCCUACCUCCUGGAUCUCCAACAUCUGCUGAAGAGCAUGGAGGUUCUCCACCGCACGUACUCGGCCCCAGCAAUCAGCGCCCUGCAGGCCUGCACGUUUGACAGUCCAAAAAAAGAGAAGAGGUUACCCAGGAAGUGGCGCUCCAAGAACUAUGGGAAAGAAACCAAAACAACCCUGCAGGUUCCAAGCUGCAUUUCCUCUGGGUCCGUCCGCCUGCACGCCUCAAACCCGAAUCUCUCCACCGUGGAGCUGGGGAAUGACAAGGCCUAUCCAGAGCCUCUGGACUCACCUUCGGACGUGUCCAAGCUACAGGGGGAUUUCUGUCGAGUGGCAGAAAACUUGCAUGCCACCAUGAAGUCUGCCCUCAGCUCUUUGGCUGCGGAGAGGGAGAGGCUGAAACAAGCGCUGGACCAGGAGAUGCCCCAGCCCCCCUCAAACCAGAUACUGGGGCUGAAGAGCGCCCUCGCUUCGGCCGUAGCCCAAAACUCUGAGCUGAAAGAUCGCCUGAGCAGGAUACACGCAGAGUCGUGCAUCGUAGAGCCCGCCGUCCUUACUAACGUCAACACGGGCCCCCUGCAGAAACAGGAGUCCACGGAUGGGUCCCGUCCUCUCGUCCACCAGACGUCCAACGAGAGCAGGGCGUCUGUCACCGAGUCUCUUUCCGAGUUCUUUGACGCGCAAGAAGUGCUGCUGUCCGCCAGCUCCUCGGAGAAUGAGGCCUCCGAUGAUGACUCAUACAUCAGCGAUAUCAGCGACAACAUGUCCAUGGACAACUUCAGCAACGAGGUGGAGAGUGAGAGAUCCAACCCAGGCUGCGUGCACAACGGCGACCCCCACAGGCGGCGGUCCUGUCUGCCCUCCCCGAGCCCCAACACGAGCAGCCUGAGCCUGUGGAACAUCCUGAGGAACAACAUUGGGAAGGACCUGUCCAAGGUGGCCAUGCCGGUGGCCUUGAACGAGCCGCUCAACACUCUGCAGCGACUGUGCGAGGAGCUGGAGUACAGCGAGCUGCUGGACCAGGCCGCCGCCACACUGGACCCCUUCGAGCGCAUGGUGUACAUAGCAACGUUCGCUGUCUCGGGCUACGCUUCGAGCUACUGCCGUGCUGGAGGGAAGCCCUUCAACCCCGUCCUGGGAGAGACAUACGAGUGUGACCGUCCGGACAAGGGCUUCCGCUUCAUCGCAGAACAGGUCAGCCAUCACCCCCCUAUAUCAGCAUGUCACGCAGAGUCCAAAAACUUCAUCUUCUGGCAAGACAUGCGAUGGAAAAACAAGUUCUGGGGGAAGUCCAUGGAAAUCGUCCCUGUGGGCAUCACCCACGUGGUCCUGCCGGGGUUUGGCGAUCAUUACGAGUGGAACAAAGUCACCUCCUGCAUCCACAACAUCCUGAGCGGGCAAAGGUGGAUCGAGCACUACGGCGAGAUCUCCAUCAAGAACCGCAGCAGCGACAUAUGCCAGUGCAAGGUCACUUUCAUAAAGGCAAAGUACUGGAACUCGGCAGUGAACGAGGUGGAAGGCUCGGUCACCGACGACAAGGGCAAGGUCAUCCACACGCUGUUCGGCAAGUGGCACGAAGGCAUGUACUGUGGGAACCCGCCGUCGGCCACCUGCGUCUGGAGGGCAAAUGCGAUGCCUCCAGACCAUGAACAGUACUACGGUUUCACCAAGCUUGCCAUUGAGCUCAACGAAGUGGACCCAGCGAUGAAGGCGCUACUGCCCCCUACUGACACAAGGCUGCGCCCUGACCAAAGGCUUCUGGAGGAGGGGAAUGUGGAAGCCGCGGAAGUGCAGAAGCAGAGGAUAGAGCAGCUGCAGCGGGACAGACGGAGAGUCUUGGAGGAGAACAACAUGAUGCACCAACCCCGAUUCUUCAAGAAACUCAAAGACGAUACCUGGGUGAGCAACAACACAUACUGGGACCUGAGGAAGGACUCAGGGUUCUCCAACGUGGACUUCCCUGUGCUGUGGUGACCAGGUCCUCUCUCAUGUGACGUGUCUGCAGACGGCAGUUUCAAGGUUGUUCAGGCUGGCCCUGUUCACCGGCCCCGUUCAUUUGCUGUUCAUCCUCGUGUUUUUGCUGCGGUCCAUCUGGUUUGAUGCCUUAAUAGAGAGUGCUUUUUGGAAAAUGAUGUAGCUUUUUUAUGCAAACAUAUACCGUAUUCUGAAUGUAGCGAAAAUAUGCAAAGUGGCAUCCCUUUGGGCAUCUUUGGUGUCAUUGGCUGCACGCGGGCCGCUGUGCACUGAGAAACCAACAGAAGCAUAGUGGCUCCCUCUUGUGGCCUCGCUCCUAUACAGAUGGGCAGAAGAAAAAUCACUGCUCUUGGAUGUCGAUUACAUCGAUGGUGCGCUGUCUUGGAGGUCUUCGCCGGCAGAGCUGUACUCUGUAAGAAACUGUUUUAACUCCUGAGAUUUGCUACCUCCUCGCUGGAAUGGCAAUGAGAUGCAACUGACAUGGAAAUAGCGGCUGUACUACAUUGCAAAGACUUGGCACUCUUCCAUAGCCUUACGCAUUAAACGUGACUUUUAUUCUAACAUGGUUAAAACCUUGUAUAAUACUGUAUGUUUGAAUAUGUAUGAAGAAUGUGUGAUGAAAAGAAGUAUGCCAUCUUUAAAUUCUGUUAUAUCAGCAUUUUACCCUAACUGCUCUACAGCUGUAAUUUUGCCUGUAUGUCCAUGUGAGCUCUACACAUAUUUGAUCUAUAACUCAGUGUAUCAUACUAUUUGGGCACCAAUCACUAUCCUGUAGUAACCUCUGACUGAUCUGAUGUAUGGCACAGAUAAUAUAAAUAAUGAUAUAUAAGCUUGAUUUCUUGCCUGUUCCUAAAUCAAAAGUGAGGUAAUGGGCUGGACCAAAACAACAUAUAGGAUUAUAACUAUUCCUCAAUGCCCUGUUUCACCUAAUUAUACUGUAUAUUACAAUUUGAACAUCUGCACUGUUAAAAUAAAAGGGACCUGAAGCCAGGUAUUACAGCAUUUCACUGUAUGAUCAUUUGGGUAUUGAUGGUGAAAAGUUUCUAAGAACAGGGCAAAGAUUUUAACACAUAUUUAUAUUUUGGGCAAUAUUUUGGAA